AUGAACAAGCGCGAGGAUUUGUCAUCGAUUUUCUCCAACUCUUGGAUUUCCUCCGGAACUCCAGUCGAGGAUGAAGAGUAUUUGAAAAGUGCUCGCUCACCUCGGCGCAGCUCACCUUCUGAGAACCCAAAACUCACACCCUUCAAGCUGCGACACUCUUACGGCAUUAAUCCACAAGUUCCACUCGUCAACUUAACAUCCAAGGAUCGAACUUUAAUCGCUUAUGCCUGCUCACAUGCCGCUGCAUUGUACGAUUACACUUCGAGGGAUAUGCAUCUUCUGCAAGGACACCAAAAUCACGUAUCUAUGAUAUCUACAGAUACGGAAGGAAAGUGGUUACUGACUGCUGACUCCGGGAAGGAUAACGUCGUUAUCAUUUGGGAUACGGAAACAAGAGUGCCAAUUUGUACUUUGUUCAAUCCUCACGGCAUGGAGGAACUACUUGCAGCUAAACUGAGUCCAAAUGCAAAGUACAUUGUGACCAUAGGAAACGGGAUCGAGAUGAGGAUAAAGUUCUGGUUAUGGUCGUAUGGUCGGGACGAAUCUGACGGACACAUACUAGUUUGGAGUGAUAUUCGGUACAGAGAAUAUCUUAGUACUAAACGGAAACCAAGCAAUUUCAAAACACAUGUGAAAUCUCUGCGUCUACAGUCGUGCGAAAUAACGGCCAUUACGAGCCACGAGAAUAUCGUAGUCGUCGGCAAUGUUCUGGGCCACAUCAAGUUCUACGACAAUAAAUUGAGGCUGAUGUUUUGGUGUCAGAAAUUUGCUCUCGAUAGAAUUACCGCAAUCUCUUUCCAUCUCAACUCUCGCCGGAAGGCUCCAAUCCAAGUAACAAGCGAAUCGUUCGUGGCUUCCUCGACCAGUACUCUCGACCGUACUGAAAAUUCCGAGGAUGACGUUGAUAACGAAGAAAUGAAUGGCGAGGCUUCAGACGAUCAAAGUAGAGGGUCCGCCCUUGAAGAAUUGCUGUUACCCAGGAAGUCGAAACACGGAAUAGAGAAACGUGAAAAGUUCGCCAAUCUCGACUCGAAUGUUACAAUAUCCUGGGAUUUGGCUCCACCAGUUAAUCCGGACGAAGAUGAAAUCGUCUUUGACAACCAUGUGAUGAACCAAAAGCCCGAGAGAAUACCCUCAGACUACACCUUGGAACGAACUCCGUUUAUUAUCGACGAUUUUAUCGUUUUUACAGGCACAUCCAGAAUAGCUAGAGUAGAAACGUCUCGUCUGAAGUGUCACUACAUUUCGCACCAGGCUGUGGCAGCCGUUACAGCUAUUGAUACGCACCCCGACAGGAACAUCCUAGCUACUGGCGACAUGGCAGACCGUAUCCAUUUGUACGAAUACAACAGCCAUCAUCUUCUGGUGUCCAAGCAAACUCCACCAAUACCUUCUUUCGAAGAUUUGAUCGCUAAUGAUAUCACGGGAAGGAUAAGAAAUUAUGUAACAUGUCUACAGAACCAUCAAGAGUCAUUGACUGGUGUCACAGCAUAUGGUACACAGCUUUUGAUUCUUUUCAUUAUACAAUCUCCAGGACGGGAGCUGGCGUGUGGAAUGCAGAGCGGUGUUUUGUGGAUUCUAAAUCCCAGUACCCUGGAUCCAGAGGAUGAAUUGCCGUUCAAGCAUUCAUCGAAGUCGCUUCUUGAUAUCAUUUACUCGGAAAAAUCCGAUUUCAUGGCAUACAGGGAUGAUAACAUGACUGUUGGAGCGUUCCAUUACGCGGCAUCGAGCGCAGAGGCUGGCGCUGAUCCAUCAGUUUGGAAUUUUCUGGGCAAACAUCGUUCUCACUUUUUGCCAAUUAGAGAAGUUCUAUUCGGACCGCCAUUGAUCGGAGGAUCGGUACCUCGUCUAUUUACUCUCGCAGAGGACUGUAACUUUAUUGAGUACGAUUUGGAGAACAGCGGACCAUAUCCAGAACCCGGUUUAAAGAUCUUGAAGAUAAUCUGUAUCGACAGUUCAGCCAUUCCUCUUUGCAUGGCUUGGUAUCCAAAAUUUGAAGUAGAGAGGUUCUUCGUAUUUUCUAAUACAGAGCACAAAUUCAAACUGUUAAACGACUGCACGAAACUGAUUCAAGGAACGUAUCUUGGUCCGUCUUCCGGGGCUCCAGUCACCAGGAUAACACUUAAACCAUUCUUUUACACGAUCCGAAUCCAGUUUUUACCAACGAGAAACAUGCACAAUCAGGCUUACAUGGUGUUUGCUACCGAUACUCAAAUCGGGUUGCAGCUCCUUCCUUUCGACGGGAACCCCUUUACGGUCGUUGGAAUUGUUGGUCACCCGCAAAUGAUUACUCAUAUAACGCUCAGUCGUUGCGGUGAAUUUCUCUUCACUCUUGGCUACCGAGAUCCAUGCGUUUUAAUGUGGAAGAUCAACCCGCGGGCUGUCGACAUUAUGGCUAAACUUGGUGGUUCUAGUCUUUCCCCGUUCUACUGUCUUAUUGACGGAGGUCAAGACGGCUGGCUUCUGAAUGAAAUGCAGGAUCUGUUUUAUUAUGCACAAAUAUUGCAUCAAGGAGAGAAUACAACAGCUACUCGCAUCGUGUCGGAUAAAGUAUCAAUAACGCAACUACCAAACCUGAUGCGAGCUGUUGGAUACUAUCCUAGUACCUACGAACUGGAAGAGCUUAUGACAGAAGUGGUUUCAAAGAAUUACGCGAAAACUGGGCAGCUGGUUGACGAAAUCACAUUUGAAGAUUUUGUCAAAUUGUACGUAAACCAUCGUCCUGUGUUCGGUACGUCUAUGCAGGAGAUAAAGAGAGCCUUUGCAGUGUUUGGAAAACCUGAAAUGGAGGAUAAUCCAAUCAUUACCAGAGAACAGUUUAUAGAGAUUCUAACUGGGCAUGGAGAUCGCAUGAGUGCUGAACAGGCAUACAAUGCCCUCAGUAUCCUGAUACCGGUGGAAGACGAAUCUGAAAAAGAUGCUGGAAAUAUUACCUUCUCGUUUUUACCCGCGGAUAUAUCUUACAAAGAUUUUGCUGUGGAAAUAUUGGGCAUCGAACCCACUCUGGAGAUGAAUAUCAUUCCAUCAGCCAAGGAUACUCCACACUGA